GAGGGUUUAAUGGCGGCUAACAGUACUCGCGUUCUCUCUCCUUACUGACAGGUCUUGCAGUUCUUGAACCCUCACUUGUUCUUCAAUUUCUUCAUAACUCCUCCUUCCUCGCCGCCUCAUCUUUCCAAUGUUUCAAUCACUUUACUAGAUCAUACAGAGAAAAUUUCUCCUCUUCCUAUAUCAUUAUCUCCAAAUUUAAUCGAUUAAUUCGUUCAACUACUUAGAUCAAGCAUGUGGAGAAGCUUGACCAGAAGGGUUACAGACCGGAAGCUUAAAUUUGCGUCUGAACCCUUCUCUGGCUGCACUUUUGCAAGGUUUUUCUGGGGCUCGAAUUUUCUAGAGGAAACCAGACCUGUCAACAGCCAGAUCAUGGGAACUAAUCCAUGCCCGCAACGGGGUUUUUGGCAAAACUUUGUCUUGUGUUCUUCAAAAGAUGAAUUGGGUAGAUUCAGUUUAUCUCGGUCGAGCAAACCUUUGGGUGUUUCUGGGUUAUUCAGACUGGCGACGGGGUAUGCAAGUACUGCGGAGGCUGCUAUUUCGGCAGAAGAGGACUUAUCGGGGUCUGAGGAAAUCCAUGAAUUAGUAGAAGAGAUGAGCAGAGCAGAGAAGAUGCUGUUGGACUUGAAGCAACCGAAGAAAAUGAUUGCGGGUAUGGGGAUAGGGAAGUACAAUAUGCUAAGGAGGAGGCAAACGAAGAUUGAGACUGAGGCAUGGGAACAGGCAGCAAAAGAGUACCAAGAGUUGCUGAUGGAUAUGUGCGAGCAAAAGCUUGCACCGAACUUGCCAUAUGUAAAAUCAUUGUUACUUGGUUGGUUUGAGCCUUUGAGGGAUGCUAUUGCUGCUGAGCAAGAACGAUGCAAGGACGAAACCCAUUUAUCUCAUGCCCCAUUUUUUAAUGACUUACAAGCAGAUAUGAUGGCAGUUAUUACCAUGCAUAAGUUGAUGGGGUUGUUGAUGACGAGUAGUGGAGGAACUGGUGGUAUUAUGGUGGUCCAAGCGGCUAUUCAAAUAGGGGAAGCCAUUGAACAUGAGGUCAGAAUACAGAGAUUUUUAGAGAAGACAAAGAAGAAGAGCACAACUAAUAAAAAACCUGAGGAUGAAUCUGAACCCAUGACCAGUGAACAAGAUAAACUGGCCAAACAAGAGGCAAGACUUAGAAAAAAAGUUACUCAGUUGAUAAAAAGGCAAAAGGUGCAGCAAGUGAGGCAAAUAGUGAAGGGGCAUGAUGAUUCAAAGCCUUGGGGGCAGGAAUCACAAGUUAAGGUUGGAUGCCGUUUAAUUCAGUUGUUGAUGGAAACUGCAUAUAUACAACCUCCAACCGAUCAGCUAGGGGAUGGUCCACCUGAUAUUCGUCCAGCAUUUACACAUGCUCUGAGAACUAUCACUAAAGAGACACAAGCACAUAAAAAGGGCAGGAGAUAUGGUGUUAUUGAAUGUGACCCUCUAGUUCGCAAAGGCCUUGAAAAAACUGCAAAGCACAUGGUCAUUCCUUACAUGCCAAUGUUAGUGCCUCCUAAAAACUGGACAGGGUAUGACCGAGGUGCAUACUUGUUUCUUCCAUCCUAUAUCAUGCGAACGCAUGGAGCUAAACAACAGCGAGAAACAGUUAAAAGAACUCCAACAAAACAAUUGGAGCCUGUUUUUGAGGCCCUGGAUACAUUAGGAAAUACCAAAUGGAGGAUAAAUAAGAGGGUACUCAGUGUGAUGGAAAGAUUAUGGGCUAGGGGAGUCUCUGUUGCUGGUCUGAUCGACUGUGAAGAUAUUCCACUGCCUGAAAAACCAGACACUGAAGAUGAAGCAGAAAUUCGGAAGUGGAAGUGGAAACUUAAAGCUGCUAAAAAGGAGAACUGUGAGAGGCAUUCUCAGCGGUGUGAUAUUGAACUCAAACUUAAUGUGGCCCGAAAAAUGAAAGAUGAGGAAGGCUUUUACUACCCUCACAACCUUGAUUUCCGAGGCCGUGCAUAUCCAAUGCAUCCAUAUCUAAACCAUCUUGGUUCUGACCUCUGCCGGGGCGUCCUGGAGUUUGCAGAGGGGCGCCCUCUUGGGAAGUCAGGAUUGCGCUGGUUGAAGAUACAUUUAGCAAAUCUGUAUGCUGGUGGUGUGGACAAGUUGUCUUAUGAGAGUCGAGUAGCAUUUACAGAGAACCAUUUGGAUGACAUCUCUGAUUCUGCAGACAGGCCUCUUGAAGGAAAGUGCUGGUGGUUGGGAGCAGAGGACCCUUUUCAGUGCCUGGCAGCAUGUAUAAAUCUUGCAGAAGCAUUGAGAAGCUCCUCCCCUGAGACUACUAUUUCACAUAUGCCAGUUCACCAGGAUGGUUCAUGCAAUGGUUUACAACACUAUGCUGCCUUAGGAAGGGACAAGUUGGGAGCAGCUGCAGUGAAUCUUGUUGCGGGAGAGAAACCUGCUGAUGUCUAUUCUGGAAUAGCUGAGCGUGUUCUUGACAUAAUGCGGAAAGAUGCAGAGAAAGAUCCUGCAACAAAUCCCAAUGCAUUAUGUGCUAAGCUCUUAAUCAAUCAGGUGGAUAGGAAGUUAGUGAAGCAGACAGUGAUGACAUCAGUUUAUGGUGUUACUUAUAUUGGCGCUCGUGACCAAAUCAAAAGAAGGUUGAAGGAGCGUUGUGCCAUUGCUGAUGAUUCACAGAUGUUUGCCGCAUCUUGCUAUGCAGCAAGAAUCACCUUGGCUGCCCUAGGAGAGAUGUUUCAAGCUGCUAGGAGUAUUAUGGGUUGGCUUGGGGACUGUGCAAAGGUGAUAGCUUCAGAGAAUCAGGCAGUGGAAUGGACCACUCCCUUGGGACUUCCUGUUGUUCAACCUUACCGACAAAUGGGAAGACAUCUUAUUAAAACUUCUCUCCAGGUGUUGACAUUAAAACGUGAGACUGACAAGAUCAUAGUCAAGCGGCAAAGAACUGCUUUUCCUCCAAAUUUUGUUCACUCGCUUGAUGGCUCUCACAUGAUGAUGACGGCUGUUGCCUGCAAAAAGGCAGGAUUGAAUUUUGCAGGAGUCCAUGAUUCAUAUUGGACACAUGCAUGUGAUGUUGAUGCAAUGAACAGGAUACUCAGAGAAAAGUUCGUUGAACUCUAUGAGGCACCUGUGUUAGAGAAUUUGUUGGAAAGCUUUCAGAAGUCCUAUCCUACACUAAAGUUUCCACCCUUACCAGAUCGAGGAGACUUUGAUCUUCAAGAGGUUCUGGAAUCCCCCUAUUUCUUCAACUAGUCUGGGCCAGACGGUUUUAGGGAUUUGCUUUUAUUGUCUUGACUGCAAUCCGCCAAAGCUGUCGAGUCAUAAUUCUCACAUAUGUGGGCAUGAGAUUCCAUAAUGAGUAAGGGAAGAAAUGGAAAAUUUUGAGGUGGCUUGCCAACAGUCAGUGUGUCUGCAAUUCCUUUGUACAUGUGUAUGCCAUUGCUAGGACUUCUUAAAACAGUUUCUGGGAGAUUCCAUUCAAGCUCACUGCUCCAGAGUUGAAGUUCCAUCUUCUAGAUCAAAGAAAUAAGAUGGUGCAGUAUUUGGCAUUUAUUUGAAAUAACAGUUCGAACAGUCUUUAAGCUAGCUCUUUGAAAAAGAGAAAUCCAAUCUUCAGAAUUGAAGCAAGCAACACACAUGGUUGAUGAAGUGAUCCCAUGUGACAGAAUGAUGAUAGCUUCGACUGUCGAUGAUCUUUUUGCAUUUUCCAGGAGGCAAGAAGCCAAAGCACACAUCGGCAUGUCCUCUGUGCUGUAUACUUGAUUAACAUAGUGUAUUUGUAACGUUCAAACUUGAUACUGAUUAUUGUUUCAUUCUUGACCCAAGUAAAAUAAAAUCUCUAAUUUGUU